CUUCCAGGCCCCGCUGCGGGGGCACCGGCCCGACGCGCCCCGGGCACGCCCGUACGCAGGGACACUGCGGCGCCGCCGGCAGCUGGAGCCCCUUGGGUCGGCGAGCGCCCGAGAGACGCUGGAGGCUCUCGCCUCCGCCGCCCGUCCCGGUCCCGGUCCCGGUCCCGGCUGCGGCCGCCCCUCCCUCCCCGGCGGGCGCGUCAGGCGCAGUCGCCGUGGUUUCCGGGUCGCACAUGAAGGCGGAGGGCGCUGGCGGAGGCCGCCGCCGUUCUCGGUGUUUCCCCAUGGGCCAUAGGAGACCUUCCUACAGUGGCAGCAGCAACCCUAGACAAAGGUACAGGACAGCCCUGUACAGUGCCUACAGUGGAGGAAAUUCCCUCUGCCUGCAGGGAAGCAGAGUGAAGUGGAAGGCAGCUGUGCACACCAGCUUGAGGCUGUCACGGUAAAGAAGCUGACUUGGAAGGCUGCAGUGUCCCACAGGAUUUUAUAGCCUGACACUUGGAAAUGUGCUCAGCUAAAGGGCAGGAGAAAGCAAAGCUGGGUAGAGAGGACAGCUUUCAGGCGGAGGUCCCAGGACCGCUCCUAAAGCAGCAGACGAAAACCUCUGCCGGUCCUGCUGCCUCGGAAGAUUCCACUCUGCCGCAGCUGGUGGCUGAGCAUUUCUGCCUGGGAUGGCGGAGGACCAGGAGCUGCCCAAGGGUCAGCUGGAGCUGGCCCUGCCGCAGCGCAGCAGCAACACCUACCGCAGCGCCGAGCACUCGCAGGCCCUGCUCAGCGGCCUGCUGUCGCUGCGGGACAGCAGCAUCCUCUUCGACGUGGUUCUGGUGGUGGAGGAGAAGCCUAUCGAGGCUCAUCGCAUCCUGCUGGCUGCAUCCUGUGACUACUUCAGAGGAAUGUUUGCAGGAGGACUGAGAGAAAUGGAACAAGAAGAAGUUCAUAUUCAUGGCAUCUCCUACAAUGCAAUGUGUAAAAUCUUGAACUUCAUUUACACUUCUGAGCUGGAACUCAGCGUGAACAAUGUACAGGAAACCUUAGCUGCAGCCUGUCAGCUUCAGAUUCCAGAAGUCAUUAAGUUCUGCUGUGAUUUUCUGAUGGCCUGGGUAGACGAAGAGAACAUCCUGGACGUGUACAGGCUGGCUGACCACUACGACCUGAGGCACCUGAGCGAGCAGCUGGACUCCUACAUCCUGAAGAACUUCGCGGCGUUCUCGAGGACGCAGGUGUACCGCCAGCUGCCCCUGCAGAAGGUCUACUCCCUGCUCAGCAGCAACCGCCUGGAGGUCAACUACGAGUUUGAAGUUUAUGAUGGAGCACUUUUUUAUCAUUAUUCUCCAGAGCAGCUAGAGACAGAUCAGGUUUCCCUGAUGGAGCCCCUUAAGCUGCUUGAGACGGUUCGGUUCCCUCUGAUGGAGCCCCAGAUCCUGCAGAGGCUUCACGACAAGUUGAGUCCCUGCCCUUUGAAAGACACCGUGGCAGAUGCGCUCAUGUACCACAAGAACGAGUGCCUGCAGCCCAUGCUUCAGAGCGCCCAGACACAGCUGAGAUCAGAGUUCCAGUGUGUGGUGGGGUUUGGAGGGAUGCAUUCUACCCCAGCUAUUGUCCUCAGUGAUCAAGCCAAGUAUCUCAACCCCUUGCUGGGAGAGUGGAGGCACUUCACAGCUGCUCUAGCCCCCAGAAUGUCCAACCAAGGAAUUGCUGUGCUCAAUAACUUUGUGUAUUUAAUUGGUGGAGACAACAAUGUAAGUGGCUUUCGAGCAGAGUCGAGGUGUUGGAGGUAUGACCCACGGCACAACAAGUGGUUCCAGAUCCAGUCCCUGCAGCAGGAGCACGCUGACCUCAGUGUUUGUGUUGUGGACGACUAUAUCUAUGCUGUGGCAGGGCGAGAUUACCACGAGGACCUGAGGGAAGUGGAGAGGUAUGACCCCAAAACCAACACUUGGGAAUAUGUGGCACCUCUGAAGAAGGAGGUGUACGCGCACGCCGGAGCAGCGCUGGACGGCAAGAUGUACAUUACCUGUGGGAGGAGAGGAGAGGACUAUCUGAAGGAGCUACAAUGUUAUGACCCAAAGACUGACCACUGGGAGGUGUUAGCAGAUGGCCCAGUGAGGCGAGCUUGGCACGGGAUGGCAGCGCUGCUAGGGAAGCUCUAUGUCAUCGGGGGCAGCAACAACGACUCUGGCUACAGGAGGGAUGUUCACCAGGUUGCCUGCUACACACCAAGCACUGAUCAGUGGACAAAUGUCUGUCCGCUCCCUGCGGGCCACGGCGAGCCGGGCAUUGCCGUCCUGGACAGCAGGAUCUACGUCCUGGGAGGCAGGUCCCACAACAGAGGAAUCCGCAUGAACUACGUCCACAUCUAUGAUGCAGAGAGAGACUGUUGGGAGGAAGGGCCCCAGCUGGAGGAUGACAUUUCUGGGAUGGCUGCCUGCGUCCUCACUUUGCCCAGGGCUAUUUUAAUGAAAACAGAGAACUGGUUCUCGGACUGGCAAGCAGACCAAGUGAAUUACUAUCCUCACUUCCCCUACGAGUUCAUGAGCGUCUCAGACUGGGAGGAAUUUGACAGCUCCAGUGAAGAUUAGGAGACUUUUCAUAUUUAUUUUUGGCCAGUGGGUGAGGAAAUCAAGGCUUGGGAAAAAAGGACUUUGGAGAUUUUAUAUGGCUUUCUUACUUACAUCAAUCAGCAUCUACAGGUUUGAAAAGUCAGGUGUUCUGCACACAACACCAUGCCCAGGCAGUGGCUGCCCACCUGCCAGUGUCCUGCACACAAUGCCAUGCCCAAGCAGAGUGCUGCUCACCUGCCAGUGUCCUGCACACAAUGCCAUGCCCAAGCAGAGUGCUGCUCACCUGCCAGAGUCCUGCACAAUAUCCCAUGCCCAGGCAGUGGCUGCCCACCUGCCAGUGUCCUGCACAAAAUGCCACUUGCAGGCAGUGGCUGCCCAUCUGCCCAGGAAGCCACGUUUUGAGUCACCACGAAAUGACCAUUUUGCCCUGGUUAUAAAGUAUAGAGGUUCUUCUGCUUUGAAGGAGACUGUUGUUAACCUUCAGCAUGGACAGAAGACCCAGAAGGCACAGCCUGACUUGCUUCUUUCCUUCCAGCUUCUAGCUUGAAAUAGCUUUUUUGGGUUUGUUGGUUUGGUUGUUUUGGUUUUGUUUUUUUUUUUCCCCCUUUUCUUUUUGGCAAUAAAACUUCCUAGCCAGCUUAACACAGGAAGGUACCACCUCGUGUCUCCCUCCUGUGCCAGGUGUCAGACAGCUUAAUUGUUUUCUCAGCAAGACUGAACAUACAGAAAGUAGCAAGAAAGUCUGAACCUUCAUCUCGUGUGGGCAUGCAGCCAGCUUUGUAACCAGAGUAGAGCCUGGGAACUGACACCCACUCCUCAACUUCUGGAUUGCAACUUCUGUCAGCACAGUACCUCUCUGUACAGGGUAUGGCAAUCUCCUGCAACUGUCAGACAUACCUGUUCAGGAGCAUAAAUUAAUAAAUCCUUGUCAGAACUUUUUUCCUUUUUAA